AUGGUGUUCAUCAACGGCUUUAGCUUCACCGAAGCCACGCUCGUAAAACGGUCGCUCGAAUCUUUCUUCGGCAUCGGGCCAUCGGUCUCGCAGCGCAUCAUGGCAAAAUUCCACAUCCAGCCCUGGGCAAAAGUGGGGAGCUUGAAGAACGCCACCGUCAUGGACCUCACGGCGGAAUUGGCCAACAUGAAGAUUGAAAACGACUUGCGGCGGCAGGUACAAGACGACAUACGCAGGCUAAGGGACAUGGGCACAUACCGGGGAAGAAGACAUGCAAUGGGUCUGCCGGUCCGUGGACAGAGGACGAGAACACAGAUCACGACUGCACGACGAUUGAACAAGAUAGAACGAGGCGGCGCUGGAAGGGUAUCUAUGUGA